AUGCCCUUGUUGCGUUUGAAGUUGCAAUUCAUCAGUCCAAAGGAACGUUGUUCCAAAGUCAACCGAUGUUCAUCAUUUGUUCAGUGUGCUCUGUGUUGCCCUUCCCUUGUGCCGUAUGGUGCAGGUUUGGUUUCGGUGGUGGAACGCCUAAGUGCUUUGGCCGAACGCCUCCGUGCAGUGCCGCUGGGUCUGGAACUUCAGCAUUUGGCGGAGGAAUUAAGGUACCACUCAAGAAAGGGCAAAGAGACAGCCGAAAUGCACUCUGCCCAUCCUGGCUCAAAGGUGUGUUCGAGCCAGCCAGCGCCCACCUCUUUUAAUUUUCAUUUUUGCGCUGUGAAUCGCGUGUGGUGGGUGGUGUCGAUGCUGGUUUGGUGCUGCUCUAACCCAGAAGAUGUCGGAGAGAUUCCAGAAGCAACUGCAUUCCCAGUUUUGAAUCCUCAAGUGGCGCCAUGGAUGUCAAGCGCGUCCCUGGAAACUGAGUCGCCAAAAACUGAGAAAGUGCCAGCGGACUUUGGAAGUUUCAGCAUUGAAGUGGCAGGGCCACUGGGUUUGGAAUUGGAUACAGCCGGAGACCAUGGACCCAUGGUUCUUGAGAUCAAGUCUGGAGCAAUUCGCAAAUUUGGUGAACGAAACCCCGAACAGGCCCUUCGCAAGUUCGACAGGAUACAUGCCAUCGAUGCGUCCCAGGGCACUGCAGCAAUUUUCCGUCACAUCCAAAGAAGGGGCAAUAAAAUGCGAAAAUUGUGUUUGUUGCGUCCCAGAAAAUUCAAAGCAUCAAUCACAAAGACUGAUGAGCUAGGGGUGUUGUUGGACUACAACAAACACUCACUUGGGCUGGUGGUUCGCGAAGUCUUCAACAAGGGACAUGUGAAUGAGUGGAAUCAAGCCAACCCGCAGGACUCGAUCUCUGAAGGUGACCGACUCUUUGAAUUAAAUGGAGAAGGCUUGUCAGGCCAAGCCAUGUUGGAGGAAAUUCGCGUCUCCUCCCAUCUCCUCUUCACAGUCUUGAAGUAUCCGGGCGAAGCCGAGCUGCGCGGUGGUGAAGCGCUCCGUCCGGAGCUGGAAGCCAGCACGGAGUUGAUCCAAGCGCUGAGCCGAGCGCGCGAGGAACGGGAGGAGCUGCGUUUGGCCCUCGCCCAGCACUCCGCCUUUUGCGCAGAGAAAGAGUUGGAGCUGCGCUUGGAGCUGGAACAACUCCAGGACGCCAGGGCACAGGAGCUUUGUCAGCGUUGCGGUGGAAGACUGCACGGCUCUUUUGAGGAGCAAGUGAAUGAGGCGCUCGAAAGCAAGCUGGAGAAGCUUGACCUGCAGGCAUUUGACAAGAUGCUUGGCCUGGAGCAAAUCUUAUUGCAACUCCAGUGCUCGAUGUCAUCUCAGAUGUCCCUACUACAUGAAUUGCAUGUCCAGAUGGGUUCAAACAGGACCACUAUGGUGGAGGUUCAGCCGCUGGAGCACCCAGGGUCUUUGGUCGGCUUCCGGCCCGCGCCGAUUUUGAAGAAAAAGGUGCGCACGGAGGAGGAGGCGGAACACAUAGACAUUCCACUGCCUCCACAGCCCCCACAAAAGUUGGCAGUGCUGCCAGGGGAAUUGAAAGAGGAGGACUCAGAGGCCUCGGGCUAUUCCAUAGCCUCCGUCACCUCGGUGCGGCGCAGGGGUUCGACGUCCCGGUCGCCCCGGUCGCCCCGGUCGCCCCGGUCGCCACAACAGGAGGGCAAGGAGAAGCGCGUGGCCACCGUGGAGGAAUUGUCAGGAAUGGUGGCCCGGCAGCUGUUACGAGGUCGAACUGCAUCCCUUCGAGACUUCGAUGAUCCAAAUACAGAGCAGUCAGGACCAACCACUGUCUCAGAGGAGCGCAGCAGAUCUAAGCACUCCAAUAAAGCGGCCGUGCUGGAAAAAACUCAGAAGCUUUCUUUGGAUGAACUGCGAACGAACCACGAUGCCCAUGUCACGGCUGGACGCUCUUUCGGAGCACAUGAAGAGAUCGACGUGGAUAGUCGAGGUGGCUUGCCACCCAUAGCAGGCUGCUGGCUUGCCCUGGCAGGCAUUCUGCGCUGGCGGUGGUCUUGGCUUUGGGUCUGGUGGUUGGUGGUCAUGUGUUUUGCAGCUGCAAGUGUCCUGAUCUGGUUCAGUACCGGUGGGUUUGUGGAGGCAGAUGUCAUGGUGACCACCAUUUGUUUCCUGGCUUCUGUGGCAGUGAGUAUUUGGUUGCUGGGCGAUGUAGAGGAUUUCCUAAGUGACCCAGGGCACGGCUUGGACUUUUACGCCUGGAAUGCGGGCUUCAUCCAGGAAUGGAGGAAGAAAUCACGCAGGCGGUUGAUGGAGGCCUGCAGUUGUUUACUGUUGAUGUGGGUCUUGCGGUGUUUGAUCUUCUCACAGAUCAACCCUUCAGCACAUGACUUGCUUCUUAGUAUUUCCUUUUGUGUGGCCUCUGGGGGUUUCAUGGCCGUGGCCUACCUUGAGCUCCAUGUCCUAUCCGGACUCGAGCUGGCAAUUGAUAGCUUUUCGGUCAAUUUUUUCAGAGUCAUGGAUGUGAAGGAAGCCCUGGCCGAUUGGAAUGUGCUUCAGCCCAUGCUACGACAUAUCUCGGCCAAAUUGAGCACAUCCCUCCUGCCACUGGGAUGUGCAUGUGGUGCUUCAAUUCUUUACUUGAUCGAAUCGAGUUUGCUACGCCCAGAUGUUGAAGGUGGCUUUGAUUUUAUUCUCCAAAACCUUUGGUGCCUUCCGCCCAACUGUUUUUUCCUCUACACCUUGAUGAGGGCGGCGGCGGUGACGGAAAAGGCCAGCCGGGUGUCACCGCUGGUGAACUCGUGGAAUUUCGAGAACAUCGAUGGACCCGAUGAUCUCCCGGAUUGGAUGGAUCUGGAAAGGCAAUACUUGGUACAGUACAUCAUUCAAAGUGAGGCAGGCUUUUACAUCCAGGGAGUUAGACUUCGAUUUUUUCAGGCAGUGAAGACAUCGCUGAAGCUGGCGCUGGAGGAGGAAGCAAAGGCCUCCAGGCGAGCAAGGCAAGAUUUGGGGCAGGAGAAUGAGCUGCUGAGGCUGCAGCUGCGCCAGGCGCGGCAGCGGCAGCAGGCUGUGGAGGCAGAGAAUGAGGCACUAAAGACUCUGCUGCGUUGCAGCGAAGCUUUAGGUGCCAAGGCGUGGAUUCCAGGCGCAACCAGCGAUGGCAGGAUUUCAGAGCCUGCAGAGGAAGUGCCGAGCUCGGAGUCCGAAGAAUCUCCACCAGAGGUGGAGGCUUCCAAUGCCGAUGCCUUGCCUUUGAAGGCCCGCCGAGCGCGCGCUGCCCGGGCGCGGCGCGGAAAGGCUGCGCAAGAAAAGCCCAAGAGGGGCUUAAACAGUGCCAUGCUGGACACCUCCGUGAAGUUCCGUUUGGCGCGGCGCACUAGCGACAGUUGCGGUGUUUUGGAUGUGGUCGAUUGGAAGACGCGCAUGGCGGAUUUGCAGGGCAUCAUGAGUUGCGCCAAAGCUCUCUAUCUGCUUCUGGCGCCUCAGCUGCGGGCCAUGGGCUCUGGGUCCUAUGUCCUAUGUGUGACCUUGCCCAGUGAACAUGAAACCCACCACGAGGCCAUCGUGCGCGUGGCCUUGGAGUUCGCCCUGGAGCCGGAGGUGCAUCGAAUCUUUGCCUGGGAAAAUUGGUACCAGGAGUCUCAGAGACGUGAAGGCUUUCGGCAAAAGGCCUGCGAGUUUGAGGGGCUGGGACGGCUGGGAACCUGUCAUGGCUUUGAAUUUUUGGAUGUCUGCGACUCUUACAUGGCGUGCUGGGAAGCCACAAUUUCGGGGAAUCAUCUUCCGUGGCCAAAUCAAAGUACGAGGGCGGUUGAUUUGCUUGCAGCGAUUCCAGUUUCACGCUAUUUUGCAUCCUUGCGUUCAUGCGGAAAUCUCAGGCGUGGCAGAUUGGCAGAUUUGAUCACUAAACAACCUCUCCAGAGGACAUUUCAGUGUCCAUGA